CACUGUGACACUUGAAACCAAACAAUGACGUGGGUAGUCGCUCUGUGUCUGGGGCUGUUGUUGCCCCUGGGUCACUCCAAGACAGUCCACAUCUACGUCAGCCCCAAGGGCUCAGACGGGAACUCGGGGUUGGAUGCGUCCCACCCGGUUGCCACCCUGGACAAGGCCAGGCAGUUACUGGACAGCAGUGGGAUCAAGGACAACACGGUGUACGUGGAGCUGAUGGGAGGCUACCACAACCUGCAGUCAACCCUACACUUCACCCACGCCUACUCCCAGCCUGUCACCUUCAGAGCCUACCAGGACCAGGAGGUCCACGUGACAGGAGGCAAGCAGAUCCCAGCAAACCUGUUUACCCACGUGACAGACAGCAACGUGCUGAAUAUGCUGCCAUCAAAUUCAAGGUCAAAGGUGUUGCAGUUGCACCUACCUAGUGCCGGCGUCACAGAUUACGGCCAGAUGUCCAAGUUCGGCUUCUACGUAUCCAGGACGUCAUGGCUGGAGAUCUUUAUCAAUGGGGAGCCAGCCAGAUUGGCCCAGUACCCUAAUGAGAAAUUCCUGAACCUGGUCUCUGUUCCUGGAGGUAGACGUAGCAGGGUCUUCACCUACAACUCGAAAGAAGACGCCAGAUGGGUGCACGAGAAGGAACCAUGGGCCUACGGAUUCUGGUAUUUUAGCUGGGCGGACGAUGGUGUUGGGAUCAGCGACAUUGACAUCAGCAAACAUCAGAUCACUCUGGCAAACGACACGAACUAUGGACUCAGAGUAGGUCAUUACAACCCGGCCCAUCUGGCCUAUGCUGACAAUCAGGGUGGCUACUUCCGGGUUAUCAACAUGCUGUCAGAGCUGGAUCUGCCGGGAGAGUACUAUCUGGACCGGUCCAAUGGCAACCUGUACAUCUGGCCCAACACAAAGACGGGCACCGUGGACUCCUCUGACAUCAUCACUGUGUCCCUCAUCAACGACUGCAUCAGCUUGGACCGAGGCGUGAGUAACCUCAAUUUUGAGGGGUUUACUUUGGAGGCGUGUCGCAAAGCGGGAAUCACUGGAGAAGGUGUACACAACAUCAUCGUUCAAAACAUGGAAAUUAAGAAUGUAGGUGCCUAUGGCGUUAGCUUCAGCGACAGCAACAACAUCACCGUAUCCCGGUGCGACAUCCACUACACAAAUGGUGGCGUCAACUUGACCGGUGGAGACCGGAUGACGUUAACGCCAUCUGGCAACCUAGUUGAAGACAACCACAUUUGGCAGUUUGGUCGUGUCGGAGGCGUUGGUUACAACGCUGUGUUUUUCGACGGCAUCGGUAACGUAGCCCGUCACAACCACCUCCAUGACGGCCAAUACACCGGCAUGUGGUUGGCGGGUAACGACAACACAGUUGAAUACAACCACAUCCACCACAUGUGUGUGAACAGUACUGAUUGCGGCGGGAUAAUUGCAGGGAGAGAUUGGUCCGCACGUGGUACCAGGAUCCGAUACAACUACAUCCACAACGUUGUGAAGAACAUGCCGGGAGCGGAGAACAGGGGCAUCAUGCUGGACGACCAGUUCUCCGGCGUCCUCAUCGAACACAACGUCUUCUACCAGAACCAAUACCACGCCAACAUCGGAGGCGGCCGUGACAACAUCAUACGCUACAAUGUUUUCUACGACGCUGUAAACUUCCCCCUCAACGUGGACGGCCGUGGUAUCCUGCAUGACAGCAACAAAGUGACGCUAUUUAACAGACUUAAGGUGUUUCCAUACAAGACCAAGCCGUGGUCAGAGAGGUACCCCAAACUAGCCACCAUCGACUCCAAUAAUCCUACGUAUCCAAUGGGCAAUCAGAUCUACGACAACGUUUUCUACAACAAGCGAGGGCCAAAUAUCGUUGAAUACCAUGGCACUGGUCUUAACAAGAAGGAAUACUACGACAUACAUGACAACUUUAAGGCGAGUCCUGCUGAGUUUUGGUCUCCUGGUGAAUAUGACUUCCGGUUCCGGUGUGCAGCGGAAUCCUGGGCCAAACAAACAUCAGUUCCCCAGCCUAUCGAUAUCAACGCCGUAGGACCACGGCAACCCAUGGGACCUAAAUAUAUGCAGCAAGCUAUACCACAGUAUCACAGCACAUCACAUCCGGCUACAUGCACUGGGUCUAUCAUCGGAUAAUGCCCACGCUGGAUAUUACCAGGGAGAUGAUGAAAUGUAUUAAAAUAAUGUAAAUAAAAGCGUUAAAAACCCUUUCCAUGAUCAUCUUUGU